AGAGAAUUUCGGUGCUGUCAAAGUAGAUUGAGAGGGAAGGGAAGCCUGAAGGAUAUUUAGGCUGAAUGUGUUUUGGUUUUUUUCACCGUAUUGAUGGACCGUUAACGUAAACCUACAACACCAUUGGAUACACAGACGUUAGCUUUUUGGCGCAAAAUGACGUCCCUCCCGAAUGAAGAUUUGUCCAGACUGCUGGCUACACUGCACCAAACGCGAGGCGGUGAUGACCAAAAAGAUCUAAACUUCCUCAGCCAGGUCUUGACUUCCAAAGAAAUGACAAACUUGCUGCGUGUGCACAAGAAAAUCAGCACCAUAGUGGGCAAGCCCCAUUCCCCCUCAGAUAGCAAUGGCACUUUGGAAUAUGAGCCUGAGAUGAUUGUUCCUAUAGUCUCAAAUGUAUUCAACAUCUCUUGCGAAGUGAUUGAAAUCCUUCAGAGCUUUGUACAACGGAGUGGAAGCAGGGACUCCAGAGAACUAAUUUUGUUGCUCCAGCGCCCAGCUUUUCAAAGCCUGCUGUUGGUCCAUGAUACCAUAUCCCAGAAAGACUAUGUACCCAAAUUACCUGAACCUCCAUUUAACACUGUUGAUGAAGACGAGGAAACCAUCAAGAUCGUUCAACUUGUCAAAAGCAACGAGCCACUGGCUCAAACUGCUGAGCCCAUUGUGGGAGCGACGAUCAAGACGGACGAGCGGACGGGUAAGAUUGUCAUCGCUCGGGUGAUGCAUGGCGGUGCAGCCGACCGGUCGGGAUUGAUCCACCCUGGCGACGAGGUGAUUGAGGUCAAUGGCAUCGAUGUAUUGGGCAAAACGCCCAACGACGUCCUCGAGAUUCUGCAAAAUGCAGAAGGAACCAUCACAUUCAAAUUGAUCCCAAGUGAAAGCCAAAGGCCAUCUAGGGAGAAUCGCGUCAGAGUUCGAGCACUUUUUGAUUUCACGGCUGCCCUUGAUCGAUACAUUCCGUGUAAGGAAGCCGGCCUCGACUUUCGAAGAGGAGAUAUUAUUCACAUCGUCAGCCAGGACGAUCCUUAUUGGUGGCAAGCGAGGCAUGAAGGCGAUAAACAGAUGCGCGCUGGAUUAAUUCCUAGCCGCAUGUUGCAAGAGAAGCGCAUCGCUUAUGAAAGGGCCCAUUCGGCCAACAAUAACAGCGACCAACAAGGUUGCAGUCCGGCACGUUCGAUUGGUUCUCUAAAAAGCGAAAGGAGCAGUCCCACUCAAAAAGUCAUGUACGCUCUGGCAGAGAACGAGGAUUUCGAUCGGCAAGAGAUCGCCACUUAUGAGGAAGUCGCUCGUUUGAUGCCCUAUCCGGCUGUUCCCCGACCUAUUGUCCUCAUCGGACCACCGGGAGUUGGACGCAACGAGCUAAAACGACGUCUCAUCGCCCUCGACCCCGACAAAUUCCGCACCACCAUUCCAUAUACUUCACGAUUGCCCAAACCGGGCGAAGCGGACGGAGUUGAUUAUCAUUUCCUGGAUCGACAGCAAAUGGAACGCGAUAUCGACGAUGGCCUUUUUGUAGAAUUCGGUGAAUACAAGGGGAAUUUGUACGGGACGGCCAAUCGAAGUAUCAAGGAAAUUAUCGAACUGGGUUACACUUGCAUCCUUAAUCCGCAUCAUCAGGCAUUGAAAACAUUACGGACGGCCGAAUUCAAGCCGCACGUUGUCUACAUCAAACCUCCGGGAUUUAACGUUUUGCGUGAAACGCGUUCAGCUGCAUACGCUCGAUCAACGUUCGAUGAGAAUUCUUCACGUGGUUUCACCGACGACGAACUCGCUGAAAUGAUUCGCAGUGGCCAGCGGAUCGAACUUCAUUACGGCCACCUCUUUGACGAUGUCAUCGUCAACGGCGAUCUGUCGACGGCCUUUGAGCAAUUGCUCGUCGUCGCUCGGAAACUGGACACCCAAUCGCAAUGGGUUCCAGUUUCUUGGGUAGUCUGACAUCCUUUUCUCUCUUUCUCUUUCUUAAAUCUCUUCGAUUCAUUAGGCAUUCCCUAAACAUAAAAAAAAAAGACAAAGACAUUCGUAACAUUUUGCCAAGGAAGAAUUAAAUACUCUCGGGAUAGGUCUGUUAGUUAAUUUUAUAUACAAAAUAACUGUUAACCCUGCCAUUCCCCGUCCUUUUAAUUGUUUUAUUUGAUUAUAAUUUAUUCCACCCAAACGUUUUCAAAGCCAUAUUUAUCCGCCCCUCCAAGUUCUGAUUGCGUGCAGCAGAAACUCAAGUAUAACAAGAAUUCACACAAGUUCUAGUCGUUUCUCCUUUUUUGUUGCCCGACUAUGCAUUUUUCAGAUUUUGAAUAUGUGUCUCUAACUCUUCGAGCGAUCCCUAAAAUAGAAAUCUCAUUUCAACUAAAAAAUAUGUUUAAGUUUUAGUUAAUAUGACAAUAGUUUUAAAAAUUAAGAAUUUAGUUUUGUUUGUGACGUUUCCCUUGUGGUCAGUAUGAAAUCCCAGUAUAUGAAAAUUAACCAAAAAAGAAAAUCAAUUCCAUGUUUCCCUUUUUCUCACAUUCUUCUAUAGCUCCGCCCUCUUUCAAUCUAUUAUGACUGCCCUUGUCAUCUGUAUCAUUUGCGCCAUUACCCAUUUAAUGUAUAGGAUAUUGUCAGA